AUUGUGGCAGUUCCUAUCUAUUCCACUUCAUUGAAAGCUAGUCCCACUUGAGCUUUCUUUCCACAAAUCUAUCUUGCAUAUCUUCAAUGAAAACCUGAGUGUCACCAACUCCAUCUUUCAGUUUCAUCUUUCACAUACACUUAAAAAUCCACUUCUUCUGGUGCUUCUAAUCCAACCCACCACAAUUGAAACUGUGUUCUGCAUGUUACUCUACCAAUCUUUACAAAAAUUCAGUCUUUGAAUUUCUUUAGUCCUUUUUAUCAAUCAGGGCCACAGACAAAAUCCCAGGUUUAAGAGCACAAUGGAAUCUGAAAAUGGAGUUGCCAUGGAGGACGAGAAACAUGUUAUUGGGGAAACAACUAACGAGAACAUAAACAAGGAAGCUGAGAAAACUUGCAAUGCUGAAAUUCAGACCACGAAUGAGGCAUCUGAAUCCAUUGUAAAAGUUGAAGGGCCCAAAUCUACAGCAAGUAGAAACUCAAAACUUGCCAAGGAACAUGGUGGCAAAGGUGAUGUCGCUUCAAAGAAGAACAAAUCUGUCACCAAAGACAAACCCAAUUUGAAGUCCACAGCUUCAUCACCUCAAACACACAGGCCAAACCUCUCCAAGAGCCUUUCUUUCCCAGCCAAACCAGCUGCUAGAGAUGCCAUGAAGAAAAGCAUCAAUGGCAGUCUUGUGAAGACAGAAACUAAGCAUGUUAAUGGGGCUAGAGCUCAGCCUUCCAUUCGUCGUUCAAGCAAGCUGACAAACAAUGAAGUUAACUCAAAGGAGUCUGAAAAAAACACUGGAAAUUCUAACCAUAGAACCUCUUUAACAUCCAUGAAUAACCUUAAAACCUCUGAGAUUGGAGAGUCCUCUCCGGCGGUGAAUGCGGUUUCCAAGAGCCUUACAUCUGAGGCAUCCUUACCUGAUGAUCAGAUUUCAACCCCAGCAAAAACUGAAAAACCAAAUAAAGAGGAUGAUGAUGCUCACUCCACAACUUCAAGUCAUACUCCUCGAAGGAGAAGCAGUGGUUCUGGAUUUUCCUUCAGAUUGGAAGAAAGAGCUGAAAAGAGGAAGGAGUUCUUCUCAAAGUUAGAAGAGAAAAUUCAGGAAAAGGAAGCAGAGAAAACUAAUCAGCAAGAGAAAUCAAAGGAAAACCAGGAGGCUGAGAUCAAGCAAUUGAGGAAGACUAUGACAUUCAAAGCCACUCCAAUGCCAAGUUUCUACAAGGAACCUCCUCCAAAAGUUGAAUUGAAGAAGAUACCUAUAACACGCCCAAAAUCUCCAAAGCUUGGAAGAAACAAAGGAUAUGUUGUGAACCAUUCAGAUGAUAAAUCCUGUUCUAGUCCACAUGCAAAACAGCAACAGAAUGAUUCAACCAAGGCAAAGGUAAAGGGUACUAAUAAAGAAGUGAUUUCAAAGAAACCAAUCAGAAAAACUCAAGCCAAGGUGCAGUCUCAGGAAACUGCAAUUGGAAAAACUGAGAAGAAUCCUGUGAAGUCUACUAAAAUCAACCAAGAUGUGAAAGCAGGCACAGGAAACAAUGAAGAAUGCCAUGAUCCACCAGUUUGCAAUUCUGAAUAUCAAGAUGACAUGGAGCUAGAAUCCAAAACUGAGCUUACUCAGAAUGGUGCACUGGUCUUAAAUUCAUCCACACCCGAGAUUGUAUCAUACGAGGUUACUGUGGGAGUGUAGAUUCACAUAUAUAUAGCCAGAGAGUAUUUAUAUAAACAUAGGACUCCUUGUUACCAGUUAUUUCAUUGUUGUUGUGAAUAUAGAGAUUGUUUCAUGUUCAUUAUAAUCUUGUAUUGCAUUUGAAGAUAGGUUGAUUGUUCUUAUAUUGAACUGUUGCUGUUUGUAAUGAAUAUUUUGUUAAUUCAUUAUUUACCAAACUGU